AUGGAGCUCUUCGCCGACGUCGUCACGAAGACCGACAAGAACUUUUGCGCCCUAUGCACCAACGAGAAGGACGACGGAAAAUCUGGCAAGCCCCUCCACCACAAAGGGUCAUCCUUCCAUCGUGUAAUCCCCAAUUUCAUUUGUCAGAGCAAUGACAUCACUGCGGGUAACGACAGCAAGUCGAUCUACGACGCCAAGACGAAGUGGCUUGACAACAAGCACGUGGUGUUCGGGCAGGUGGUGGAGGAGUACGACAUAUUGAUGGCGGUGGAGAAUGUCGGGUCGGGGAGCCACCGGACCUCGAGACAGGUGGUGAUCGCCGACUGCAACCAACUCCAGAUCUGA